AUGGCCUGGCGCAGCUCGGGCGACACAAAUCAGGCCCUGGCCGAGAACCUCUGGCGCAACAGCCUCAUCAAAGACGAGCGUGUCAAAGAUGCCUUUCUAAAGGUCGAUCGCGCGCACUACGCUCCCAAGUCGCCCUACGCAGACCAUCCGCAGUCCAUCGGGCACGGCGCCACCAUUUCCGCCCCGCACAUGCAUGCCAUGGCCGCCGAGUCGUUGUUGCCCUUUGUCGUGCCCUCGCAACGAACGCCGGCGCCGCGGGUGCUGGACAUUGGCUCUGGCUCGGGCUACCUGACACAUCUGCUCGCGGAGCUCGUGGGCGAGAGCGGCACAGUUGUGGGCGUUGAGCAUAUCGACGAGCUGCGGCAGCUGGGUGAGGGCAACAUGACCAAGAGCGAGGAGGGCAGAGGGUUUCUCGGAAGCGGCAGGGUCAAGUUCUGCACGGGCGACGGAAGAGCUGGGUGGACGGAGGACGGCAAUGACGGAUGGGAUGCUAUUCAUGUGGGUGCGGCGGCUGUCGAGUUGCAUCAGACGCUCGUCGACCAGUUGCGGUCUCCGGGACGGCUGUUCAUUCCCGUUGCGGAUGAGGAUGGUAGUGGGAACCAGUAUAUUUGGACGGUUGACAAGAAGGAGGACGGUACGGUGGUCAAGGAGAAGAAGUUCGGCGUAAGCCUGUAG